AUGGCGCAGGGGGACCCUCAGGAUGGGUGUGGAGAUGCAUCUCCCCUCUGCAGCUUGACUGGGGAGGCUUAUGACCCCGGGACGCUGAGCAUCAGCUUGGAGAGUGAGGAUGAGGCCCCUGGAAAGGCAGGAGACCAACGGGCCGCUGGUGACCCUGGCCAGCAGGCCCAACCAAGGGGCAGUUCCCAAGUGACCGAGGACAGUCCUGACUUGCUCUGGCAGCAUCCAGCCCGCAGGAAGGAAGAGAAAUUCUCUGACUCCUUUAGUGCCGCAUGUGUCGGGAAGAAACCCAUGGCACUGCCAGGGAAGAAGACCAGCUGGGAAAGGGAGGCAUCAAAGAUCACCCCGACCCAGGCCUCCUCCAGAGCAAGCAUGACUCCCAGUGCCCUCCCCAGGGGCCUCUCUCGCAGGUGGUUCGGUGAGACCCAAUCUCCUAGGGCCUCAUUGUCUGCUGGUGAUGAGGGAGACUCAAGGGCAAACCCAGAAGCCACCCCGGGCAUCCCAUCCGACUUCCCCUAUUCUGCAAGGUACUUCCGUGCACAGAAGGAUAGAGACAAGUCCCCAGACAGCUCCUCUCCGGGGGUGUGUGUCCCCCAAUCAGGGGGCAGCUGGGACCUCUCCACGCAAGAGACACACACACCAGCUCGGGAAUCGGCUACCAAGGCCCGCCUGGCAGCAGAAGAGGAUCUGGCCAAAGGGCGGAAGGGCUCUAAGGACCCGAAUCCGGGGACCUCUGGGGAGGGCAGGCAGGGGCAGGCCUGUCCCUACAAGUGCCUGCGGGGCGGGCGGGCGGUCCAGAAGUCGCCGGGCGCCAAGCCUUACGCGUGCGAGCUGUGCGGGAAGGCUUACUCCCACCGGGCCACGCUCCAGCAGCACCAGCGCCUGCACACGGGCGAGCGGCCCUACCGGUGCCCCUUCUGCGACAAGACCUACACCUGGUCCUCCGAUCACCGCAAGCACAUCCGCACGCACACGGGCGAGAAACCCUACCCGUGCCCGGACUGCGGGAAGGCCUUCGUGCGCUCCUCAGACCUGCGCAAACACCAGCGCAACAUGCACAGCAACGACAAGCCCUUCCCAUGCGCCGAGUGCGGCCUGACCUUCAACAAGCCGCUGUCGCUGCUGCGCCACCAGCGCACGCACCUGGGCGAGAAGCCCUUCCGCUGCCCCACAUGCGACCGGGAGUUCGCCGUGGCCAGCCGGAUGAUGGAGCACCAGCGCGUGCACUCGGGCGAGCGGCCCUUCCCCUGCCCCACCUGCGGCAAGUGCUUCACCAAAUCCUCCAACCUGCUGGAGCACCAGACGCUGCACAGCGGCCAGAGGCCCUUCAAGUGCGCCGACUGCGGCGUGGCCUUCGCGCAGCCCUCGCGCCUGGCGCGCCACCAGCGAAUCCACACCGGCGAGCGGCCCUUCCCUUGCACACAGUGUGGCCAGGCCUUCGCGCGCUCCUCCACCCUGAAGCGGCACCAACAGAUCCACUCCGGGGAGAAGGGCUUCCUCUGCGCCGAGUGCGGCCGGGCCUUCCGCGUGGCCUCGGAGCUGGCCCAGCACAUUCGGGUGCACAACGGCGAGAGGCCCUACCAGUGCGCCGACUGCGGCCAGGCCUUCACCAGGUCCAACCACCUCCGCCGGCACCGAGCCAGGCACCACAGCUGCAAGAAGGAGCCCACCACCCCGUCCUCCGAUGACGAGUGA